GCCGUACCAUAUGAAAGCGUGACAUUUGAUAACAGAUUAUGGUUUUUGUAGCACAAUUUAAUGCUUGAGAGUGGGAUACAUUUUGUAUUAAUGUACUGGUUAUAGCCAUACGUAUCGGCCUGUUGUUACUGUUGUGUUAGUGAGUGUCACUCCACUAUGGUUCGUCCAAAACUAACACAAAUUAUGUGGAAAGACCUUGGAAGAUAAAAGAAGACAUUAAAGCCUGUGGGACAUUUAACAGGAUGAUUUGGGGAAGGUAUGUAUUAACUGCUGGGCUCCAGAGCUGCAGAUGUAGAGUGAGCUGUCAUGUACGAAGACACUACAUAAUUCUUCCAGAUGACGUCAAAUCGCUGCGGGCUGUGGUCAACCCUGAUGUAUCCAAAAUCCGAAACAUCGGCAUUAUGGCUCACAUUGACGCAGGAAAAACAACGACCACAGAAAGGAUGCUGUAUUACUCUGGCUAUACGAGAGCGCUAGGAGAUGUGGAUGACGGGGAUACAGUCACAGAUUUCAUGGCUCAGGAAAGGGAGCGUGGUAUCACCAUACAGUCGGCAGCUGUCACAUUUGAAUGGAAAACUCAUAGAAUAAACCUCAUAGAUACACCAGGACAUGUAGACUUCACUCUGGAGGUAGAGCGGGCUCUUCGUGUUCUCGAUGGAGCUGUUGCAGUGUUUGAUGCUUCUGCCGGGGUUGAGGCUCAGACUCUGACCGUGUGGAGGCAGGCAGAGAAGCACCACGUGCCCUGUGUUUGUUUCCUGAAUAAGAUGGAUAAGCCCGCAGCAAGCCUAAGUUUUUCCAUAGAGAGCAUUAAAAAGAAGUUGAAAGCCAAUCCAGUCCUCCUGCAAAUUCCUGUCGGCAGCGGGAAAGACUUCUCCGGUGUGGUGGACUUGUUGACCAAUCAGAAAUUGAUAUGGAAACACAAAACAAUGAGAGAUGAGGAAGAUGGUCGGACCUUUGAAAUCACACCUCUGGACGAGUCGGAGGAGCCAGAGCUCCUGCAGGAGGUCAGCGAGGCCCGGACGGCUUUAAUCGAGCAGGUUGCUGAUCUGGACAAUGAGUUUGCUGAUUUGCUGCUGACUGAUUUUGGUGAAAACUUUGAUGAAGUUCCCUCAAUCAAACUGCAGGAGGCCGUGCGGCGGGUGACUCUGGCCCGUAAAGGCGUCCCGGUCCUCUGUGGGAGCUCUUUGAGGAACAAAGGUGUUCAGCCUCUUCUAGACGCCAUCACUGCUUACCUGCCCGCCCCCAAUGAACGGCACCAUGACCUGGUGCGGUGGUACAAAGACGACUUAUGUGCUCUGGCCUUCAAAGUUCUCCAUGAUAAGCAGCGCGGCCCUCUGGUGUUUCUGAGGAUUUACUCUGGUACUCUGAAACCACAGUCUGCUGUCCACAACAUCAACAGGAACAGCGUUGAGAGGAUUAGCCGGCUGAUGGUGCCGUUUGCUGAUCAGAAUGUAGAAAUCCCCUCGAUGACGGCGGGAAACAUCGCUCUGACUGUAGGACUGAAGCAGACAGUCACCGGGGACACCAUCGUCUCUUCCAAGUCUUCAGCAGCCGCCGCCGCCCGCCGGGCCCAUAAUGACAGCGGGACAGGGGCGAAGUGCGGGGAACACGCCAGCGUGGUGCUUUCAGGGGUGGAGGUCCCUGAACCCGUCUUCUUCUGCACCAUCGAGCCGCCCACCAUGGCCAAACAGGCUGAUCUUGAGAAUGCACUGAAUAACCUCCAGAGAGAGGACCCCAGCCUUAAAGUCAGGUUGGACCCGGACUCUGGACAGACUAUUUUGUGUGGGAUGGGAGAGCUGCACAUCGAGAUCAUCCAUGAUCGAAUCAGAAGAGAGUACGGCAUUGAGACUGACCUCGGGCCGCUGCAGGUGGCCUACAGAGAGUCCAUCCUCCACAAGGUCUCAUCCACAGAAACGCUGGAUCGUACUAUCGGGGAGAGACGACAUGUUGUUACCGUGGAGCUGGCCGUCACCCCUCUGGACUCCUCCUCAUGUGAAUUCGCUUUCACAGAAGAACUGGGGGCCAAGCUAUCUGCUGAAAUAAAGGAGGCCGUGGAGAAUGGAGUACAGAGCGCAUAUCUACAAGGUCCUCUGCUAGGUUAUCCUUUACAGGGAGUGUCUGCACUGAUCCAAAGUGUCCACAUGGAGCCGGGAACGUCCCCUGCCAUGGUGUCCGCCUGUGUGUCCCGCUGCAUGCAGAAGGCUCUCAGGCUGGGAGGAGGUCAGGUUCUGGAGCCGGUGAUGUCCCUGGAAGUGACCGUGGAGGAGGAGCGCCUGAGCUCUGUUCUGGGAGAUCUAGCACAACGACGAGGGACCGUCCGAGACAUCCAGAGUCGCCAUGACGACAAAGUGCUGCUCGCCACUGUGCCUCUGGCUGAGAUGAUGGGCUAUUCCACCAUCUUGCGAACAGUGACCUCCGGUAACGCCACCUUCACAUUAGAGCUGGACACCUACGAGGCGAUGAACCCCCAGGACCAGAACACCCUCCUGAAGAGAGUGUCUGGUCUGCUGUGAUCUCAACAAUAAAACCUCUUCACCAACGGGACCAAAGGCUGUCUGAAACAGAGGCACGGAAAAGACUUUGCCAGGAUUUACAACUAAUAUCAGAAAAAGUCAUUCUAAUGUAAUUUAUUGUGGGAAUUCCCCCUGCAGGAAAGAGUGUGAAACUAUUGGUGUAAUUAUGUUCCAUGUUGUUAGCUGGAUGCAAAAUACAUGUACAGAAACAGUAUUUCAUACCCUUU